AUGGCUUCACAAGUUUCUCAAGUUCUUGCUUCGACCCAUACUGCCAUAUCCUCCAAUAUGGAAAAUCGCCCCAAGGCUGAUUUUCAUCCUGGCAUUUGGGGAGAUGUUUUCCUCACUUGUCCUGAUAAGGAUAUUGAUGCUACAACUGAACUACAAUAUGAAGAAUUGAAAGAAGAAGUGAGGAGGAUGCUUGUAGCACCUAUGGAUGAUUCAAACCAAAAGUUGCCCCUUAUUGAUGCAGUCCAACGGUUGGGUGUGAAUUACCAUUUUGAGAAAGAGAUUGAAGAUGCUUUAGAACAUAUAUACCAUGACAACAAUGAUGCCAAUGAUCUCUACACUACAGCUCUUCGAUUUAGAAUACUUAGAGAGCAUGGAUUUGAUGUUUCAUGUGACGCAUUCAACAAGUUCAAAGACGACAAAGGAAAUUUCAAGUCAUCCUUGACCAGUGACGUGCGAGGAUUGCUGGAACUUUACGAAGCUUCCUAUCUGCGGGUGCAUGGGGAAGAGCUACUUGAUGAAGCAAUUUCUUUCGCCACCACUCACCUAACUCUUGCAGCACCAACUUUGGACUAUCCUUUAUCAGAACAAGUUGCUCACGCUUUGAAGCAGUCAAUUCGAAGAGGCUUGCCAAGGGUGGAAGCUAGGCAAUGCAUUUCCUUAUACCAAGAUGAUGAAUCGCAUAACAAAGCAUUGCUGCAGUUUGCAAAGAUAGAUUUCAACUUGUUGCAACUUCUGCAUAGGAAAGAGCUGAGUGAGAUCUGCAGGUGGUGGAAAGAUUUAGACUUUACAAGAAAACUACCAUUUGCACGAGAUAGAGUGGUUGAAGGUUAUUUUUGGAUCAUGGGAGUGUACUUUGAGCCCCAAUACUCUCUUGGUAGACGGAUGUUGACCAAAGUUAUAGCCAUGGCAUCAAUUGUAGAUGAUACAUAUGAUUCAUAUGGAACAUAUGAUGAGCUCAUACUCUAUACAGAUGCCAUUGAGAGGUGGGAUAUUAAAUGUAUUGAUGAACUCCCAGAUUACAUGAAGAUAAGCUAUAAGGCACUAUUAGAUGUUUAUGAAGAAAUGGAACAACUGCUGGAGCAAGGGAAACAAUACCGUGUCGAAUAUGCAAAAAAGGCGAUGAUACGACUUGCUCAAGCUUACCUUCUUGAGGCGAAAUGGAUGCAUGAAAAUUACAAACCAACGUUUGAGGAGUAUAAGUCUAAUGCAUUGCCUACCUCUGGCUAUGCUAUGCUUGCUAUCACAGCAUUCGUCGGCAUGGGAGAUGUUGUAACCCAAGAGACCUUUAAUUGGGCAGCUAAUGACCCUAAUAUCAUCAGAGCUUCCACAAUUAUUUGCAGGUUCAUGGAUGACAUUGCUGAACACAAGUUUAACCAAAGGAGAGAAGACGAUUGCUCAGCCAUAGAGUGUUACAUGGAACAAUAUGGCGUAUCAGCGCAAGAGGCAUACGAUGAGUUCAACAAGCAUAUCGAGAGUUCCUGGAAGGAUGUAAACAAGGAGUUCCUGAAACCAACAGAAAUGCCAGUACCAGUUCUGAAUCGUAGUCUCAACCUUGCACGGGUGAUGGAUGUCCUUUACCGAGAUGGAGAUGGUUACACACAUGUUGGCAAAGCUGCAAAAGGUGGCAUCACUUCCUUGCUCAUUGAUCCAGUCCCACUUUGAAUUACCUCUUGGAGCUGCUUCUCUUAUACGAAGUAUUGAAGGACAAAAUUUAAUAAAAUUGCACCUAAAAGAAUAGUUUGUAAUCGUUGAUAACUUAUUUGUUUCUUCUUUUAUAAAAAGAAAUGUCUAA